CAAAGAGAAACCUGUCUCAGACAACAACAACAAAAAAGAAUGAGAUGACAGGGCUGGGAUGUAGUAGCAUAGUGGCAGAGUGCACAAAGCCCUGGGUUCAGUCCCCAGCUUUGUGGAAUACAGUCGUUCAGCCCCCAGCUCUGCAGAAUACAGUUGUUCAGCCCCCAGCUCUGCAGAAUACAGUAGUGAUAACAUCAUUUAACUUCUCCACUUUUCCAGAAGUAUGUAUUAGCAAACAGCUAAUUAGCACUCAGCUUGGAUGAAUGGACAGAGGCACUUGGCAGAGGAUGCUACUUGAUGAGUAGGGAAAAUAUCCUGGAUGUUCACUGACUUCUGGGAAGAGCCAGGGCCCUCCACAACUGAACCUGUAUGCCCAGGUGUCUCCCUUGGGCAGAUGUCUCAAGUUCCCUAGUUAUCUUUUCUCUGGAACUCUCACAGGCCGCUCCCCUUGAUGCAAUAUCUGGGUUUGGGCAGAAAGGGUGCUGCAGAGUACGCCCAUUCUGAGCAUUUGGGCCAACUCCUCUUUCCAGAACAAUUCAAGCUUCAUUGGAGCUCUGACCUCAGCACCAACUUCUGCUUCCCUAAGCAACAUGGCUAGGGUGGACAGAAAGAUUCUUUCUGGAAUGAAACAGUGUUUCAGGGCAGAUUGAGCUUGCCAGAGACCCUCAUACCAAACACAGGCCCGCAGUGGUUCCACAAGGAUUCUGCACAAGCCCUAUCAUGUGGAUUUUCUGCAGCCUGAUCUCAUGCUUUCUCACAGGUGGAGUGGCUGUUCUGCCUGCCCCACAGAACUUAACUGUACUGUCAAUCAACAUGAAACAUCUCUUGAUGUGGAACCCAGUGGCCCAGCCCAGAGAGCCAGUGCUCUAUUCUGUGGAGUACCAGGGGGAGUACGAGAGCCUGUACAUGAGCCACAUCUGGAUCCCCAGCAGCCGGUGCUCACCUACCAACAGUCUGGAAUGUGAUGUCACUGAUGACAUCACUGCCACAGUACCAUAUAACUUCAGGGUCAGGGCCUUGCUGGGCUCACAGACUUCAGCCUGGAGCACCCUGGAGCGCCCCUUUAAUCGAAACUCAACUGUCCUCAUGGCACCCAGGAUGGAGGUCACUGAACAUGGCUUGCAUCUGGUUGUUAAGCUGGAAGACCCAGGGCCACAGUUUGAGUUCCUUGUGGUCUACUGGAGGAGGGAGCCUGGCGCCACGGAACAUGUUAAGGUGGUGAAGAGUAGGGACACGCCAGUGCACAUAGAAACCAUGGAACCAGGGGCCAUGUACUGUGUGAAGGCGCAGGCGUGGGUGAAGGCCAUUGGGAGGCACAGCACCUUCAGCCAGACUCAGUGUGUGGAGAUGCAAGGAGAGCCUCUCCCGCUGGCACUGGCUCUGUUCGCAUUUGUUGCCUUCUUGCUGGUUCUCAUGGUUGUACUGCUCUCCGUCUGGAAGAUGGGCCAGCUGCUCCAGUACUCUUGCUGCCCCACUGUGGUCCUCCCAGACACCUUGAAAAUCACUGGUUCGUCCCAGAAGCUGAUCACCUGCAGGGAGGAGGCGGAUGCCUGUGCUGUGGCUGUGUUAUCCUCAGAGCAUCUCUUCGGGGUCUGGAUCUCACAGACCUGAGGAAGGGCCUGAUGGAUUAGCAACCUGCUCUGCAGGACUCAGACCCCAGGAUGGGAAGCUCGUGUUGCUGUUUUCCUCUGGGGACAAAAAACAAGAGAAGCAAAAAGAGCCUGCUGUGUGCAUGUCCAGUGACAGCCAUCAGAGGCAAAGUGGUACAGCCAGCAGACAGCAAGUGAUGAGGACAGGAGACCACAGAGCAGCAGUUACCACGUGCUCACUGAAUGACACUGGGGAAAAUGGCUUCGUCCCUCUGGACCCCCAGCUCUGUCACCUGUAGUGGGGAUUAACCACAGUAUUCAAAUGUCUCUGUCCUUGUCCCUGUUUGUGUACACGCUAGCACUUGCAGGGCAGCAGGGAGACCAGUGGCGCCAUGCACUACAGGGAAUUCAGAUCUUGUGAACUGUGGGGUAUACAUAUGUGUUAAGAAUGACAACAGAAUACACGGAUCUGGACGCAUCCCUGUAAUCUCCGUACUUGGGAGGAAGGGGUGAGAAAAUCACACGUUCGAGGCAGCCUGGACUGCAGAGUGAAACCCUGUCUCAAAUAAACGAUCAAAAAUCAAAGAGUAACACAACUCCUGUAUGAAAACCAAACACAAACCGCUGUUGGUUUGGACUUCCCACUUUCCCAGAGGAAUCCUUGAGGGAAGGAAGAAGUGGAGGCCAUUUCAUUUCCUGGCUGAAGUGACAGUCAGCAGGCUCUGCUGAGGGUGAUGUGGAGGGACAUGCGUGGAUGCCGCUCUGGGUACAUGAAGUGCCAUCAGAUCCUAGGGCCUUGUCCACAGGAAAUCCCACGAGCCCUCUUCCUGAGGACAGUUCACUCGGAUGCUCUUCAGGACUCCCUGACCAAGGUGGUACCACUCCUUCCUACCUAGGAAAAGAGCUGUGUUGAGGAUGAUGGGGGAGCAACCUUCUUGAGGGGAGAGGCCCUGCAGAGUGAGGAUCUCUACCCCUCCCAGCUCUGGAACCUAGAGCUGGCUCGUCUCUGCCCCAACCUCCUGGGCUUCUCCAGCCAGCAGGGGUGGAGACAGGCCAGCUGUUUCUACCAGGUGCUUCCCGUCUUCAGCACAGAGGCCAACAGCCCUAUCUCCACCUUGGGGACUCCAGGAGGAAGAGGGCAGGUCUUUGCAGGGAUGUGGACUGGGGCUCUCUGCCUUUGUAAUGCUCGGUACACUUCUGCCAUGACGGUUUUGUGAAGUGUGUUAAUUUUAUAUUUCAACUGAUCUGGAAGCAUAUGUACUGUCUGCAAAAUGAAAAAAUGCAUCCUAACAUCGGUCUUCACUUUUGCUCCUUCUUUUUCUCACCUCUUCACUCCAGGGGCCUUGUUCCUCUGCCACCUGUCUAGGCUUAGAAUAAAGAAAUAACCUGGC